AUGGCACCCUCCAGCUCAGUGGUGACAGCAGCAGAAAAGAAGCCACCCCUGGACCCCACUGGGGGCCGGGAGCUCAAGUCCUGGCGGGUCCUGGUGUUCUGCAUCUGCUUCUACGGCUUCAUGGCACAGAUGCGGCCUGGGGAGAGCUUCAUCACACCUUUCCUCCUGGGAGACAAAAAUUUCACCAAGGAGCAGGUCACCAACGAGAUCACGCCGGUGCUGUCCUACUCCUACCUGGUGGUCCUGGUGCCGGUCUUCCUGAUCACUGACUACCUGCGCUACAAGCCGGUGCUGGUGCUGCAGAGCGUGAGCUACGUGUCCUUGUGGCUGCUGCUGCUCUUCGGCCACACGGUGCUGCACAUGCAGUUCAUGGAAUUCUUCUUCAGUGUCACCAUGGCCGCCCGCAUUGCCUACUCUUCCUACAUCUUCUCUCUCGUGCAUCCUUCCCGCUACCAGCGUGUGGCUGGCUAUUCAAGGGCCGCCGUGCUCUUCGGCGUCUUCACCAGCUCUGUGCUGGGCCAGACACUCGUCUCUGUGGGCCAUAUCUCCUUCGUCACACUUAACUACAUCUCUCUGGGCUUCCUGACCUUCAGCCUGCUGCUCACCCUCUUCCUGAAGCGUCCCAAGCGCAGCCUCUUUUUUAACCGCAGUGUUCCGGUGGACCGUGCCACUGUGCCCUCUGAGCUAGACCACAUGGCCCCGGGCGGCCCUGGCAAGCCGGCAGGUGGCAAAGUCAAGCUCACCCUGCUGGCAGCCUGGCAGGACUCGGUACUUGCCCGUAUGCUCCGUGAGCUAGUUGCCAGCCUGCAUCUGCCACAACUUCGCCUCUGGUCCCUCUGGUGGGUCUUCAACUCUGCCGGCUACUACCUGAUCGUCUUCUAUGUGCACAUCCUGUGGAACGUGUUGGACCCUUCUGCAGUCUACAAUGGCGGGGCGGAUGCUGCCUCAACUCUACUGGGUGCCAUCACCUCCUUUGCUGCAGGCUUCCUGAAGAUCCGCUGGGCCCUGUGGUCCAAGCUGGUCAUCGCGAGUGUCACAAUCACCCAGGCUGGCCUUGUCUUCCUCAUGUUUAGCACCAACAACAUCUGGGUCUGCUACACCACCUUUGUGCUUUUCCGUGGCGCCUACCAGUUCCUGGUGCCCAUUGCCACAUUUCAGAUUGCAUCUUCUCUAUCAAAAGAACUCUGCGCCUUGGUCUUUGGAAUCAACACAUUCCUUGCUACUGUCCUCAAGACCAUUAUCACCGUCAUUGUGUCAGAUAAACGGGGCCUGGCGCUCCAGGUCCAAAAGCAGUUCCACGUCUAUUUUGGAUACUUUCUGAUGCUGUCCGUGGUCUACUUCUCGGGAGCUAUGCUAACAGGCUUGCAGCACUACCGCCAGAGCCGUCACCAGCCCCUGCCCUUGACCCAGGAGAUGAUGAGCCCAGCAGAAGACAAGGCCACACAGGUGCUGACUGUGCAGGACAAGGGCCUUUGCAGCCUGGAGGCCACUGCCGUGACGACAAAGGAGAGUGAAUUGACACCAGGACCAGCCACCUACGAGCAGUGCCCACUGCCCGAAGAGAAGGCCUGA